AUGUUUCGUAAGCCUGGUCUUCUAACUUCAGUCAGAAGGUUGUAUUCUGAUAUUCCAAAGUAUAACACCGACUUCAUUUCUUCAAGCAAUAAUGCAGCGUCAAAAUCAUCACAAUCAACAAAUAACUUGAAUUCUCCUAAGACCGCGAGCACAAGUACAUCUGAUGACGAAAUCCAUCAUUUUCAGCAACUAGCACCUACCUGGUGGGAUACCUGGGGUUCACAGCGUAUCUUACACAAGAUGAAUUUAGCAAGGCUUGAUUUCAUCCAAAGGAUUCUAAGAAAUGAAAUCAAGAUUGAAAACAAAGAUGUCUACAUUCCUGGUUUCAAUCAUCGCGAACAUUUGCCAGCAUAUGUAUCAAAGGCCAUUGAAAAAGAUAUUUUUAAAGAAGUUAAUUCUCUUUUGGCACAGAAGAAGUUUGACGCUCUUGAUAUUGGCUGUGGAGGUGGAAUCCUCUCCGAGUCUUUAGCAAGGUUACCGUUUGUUCAGAGCGUUACAGGUAUUGAUCUUACGCCUGAGUGUAUCGAAGUUGCAAAAGAACAUGCAUUGAAAGAUCCUUCUAUCAAAGAUAAAAUAUUUUACAAGCUUUUGCCUCUGGAAAAAGUUCAUGGUCAAUAUGAUAUUGUAACUAUGUUUGAAAUGUUGGAGCAUGUAAAUGAACCGAGUGAAAUUUUAAGUCAAGCUUGGAAAAAGCUUAAGCCGGAUGGUAUCAUGUUCUUAAGUACUAUCAACAGAGACCCAAUCUCGUGGUUUACUACUAUAUUCAUGGGAGAACAUAUAUUAAAAGUAGUCCCUAAGGGAACCCAUCACCUUGACAAGUACAUCAACUCAUCAGAAAUCGAAGAAUGGUUCCAACAAAACGUUGCAGAGAAAUAUCAGAUAUUAGAAACUAAGGGAACGAUGUAUUUGCCUGUAAAUGGAUGGAUAGAACACGAUUGUGCUAAUGUUGGAAAUUACUUCAUGGCUAUUAAAAAGGUUAAAUAA